AUGGUGGUGGAAGUCGGAGUCCCUGGUAACGGAGCCGGGGCUCGUCCGGACGGGUUCCCUGCCAUGUGGAGCUGCGGGGGUCGCCGGCGGAGGCGACUCUUGGGGGGCGUCUUCCUGCUUCUGCUGGGGGCCGUCGUGGUGCGCAGGUUUAACUGGAGCGACCUGGUCCCCAUGAGGAUGUGGGGCCGGGUGUUGGGCUUGCAGGCCGAAGACUCGCAGUUCCUGCUGGAGGGCCUGCCCUUUCGCAUCUUUGGAGGGUCGGUGCACUAUUUCCGGGUCCCCCGAGAGUACUGGAGAGACCGCCUGCUCAAGAUGAAAGCGUGCGGCUUGAACACACUCACCACGUAUGUUCCGUGGAAUCUACACGAAGCAGCAAAAGGGAAGUUUGACUUCAGUGGAAACCUGGAUUUGCAGGCUUUCAUUAAAACAGCUGCGGAAGUCGGGCUGUGGGUGAUUCUGCGUCCAGGACCUUACAUCUGCUCCGAGUGGGACCUCGGCGGUCUGCCCAGCUGGCUGCUCCAAGACCCCGGCAUGCAGCUGAGGACAACCUACCAGGGUUUCACGGAGGCCGUGGAUGCGUACUUCGAUCACCUGAUGCGCAAAGUGGUUCCUCUCCAGUACAAGAAAGGGGGUCCAAUCAUCGCUGUGCAAGUGGAGAAUGAAUACGGCUCCUACGCCCAAGACCCGAACUACAUGCUGUACAUCAAGAUGGCCCUGAUAAGCCGAGGGAUCGUGGAGUUGCUGAUGACCUCAGACAACAAAGACGGGCUUUUGUCUGGCUUGGCGGAAGGAGCCCUUUCCACUGUAAACUUCCAGAAGCUGGAACCGGCUAUCUUUGUCCAUCUCGACUCAGUACAGCGCAAGAAGCCGAUUAUGGUGAUGGAGUACUGGACCGGGUGGUUCGAUAGCUGGGGCGGCCCUCAUAACAUCUUUGACGCCAAUGAGAUGGUGAACACCGUGGAGAGAGUCCUCAACACAGGAGCCUCCAUCAACCUCUACAUGUUCCAUGGGGGGACAAACUUCGGCUUUCUGAAUGGCGCCCUGCAUUUCGAUGAAUACAAGGCAGACAUCACCAGCUACGACUAUGACGCCGUGCUGACCGAGGCUGGAGACUACACCUCCAAGUUCUUCAAACUGCGCCAGCUCUUCUCCAAGAUUGUGGGAGAGCCCCUCCCUCUCCCUCCUAUGAUUUCAACCAAGGCAUCGUAUGGAGCCAUCCUGAUGCAGCAAUAUGUCUCUCUGUGGGAACUGCUGUCAUCUGUGGUAGAGCCCAUAAAGUCGGAGCAUCCUGUCACCAUGGAGAACCUCCAGGUGAACGACGGCAAUGGGCAGUCCUAUGGGUAUAUUCUCUAUGAGACCGUCGUACCAGGUGGAGGACGGCUGUAUUCCCAGGACCACGUCCGGGAUAGAGCACAGGUGUUCGUUAAUAUGCUGUAUAUCGGCUACCUUGAUUACACCGUACAAGAACUGCCGAUUCCUAACGGACAGGGAUACCGGCAGCUCCGACUCCUCGUAGAGAACUGCGGGCGAGUCAAUUACGGACUGAAGCUGAACAGCCAACGCAAAGGCUUAAUUGGUGACAUCUUUCUCAACCAAACCUCCUUGAGGAAUUUCAAGAUUUACAGCCUGGAGAUGAAACCUGGCUUCAUGGAAAGCCUUCGAGGGUCCACCUCUUGGAGCCCAGUCCCUGACAGUGUGGAGGGCCCCGCUUUCUUCCGAGGAACCCUACAAAUACAAUAUAUGCCUCAAGACACUUUCCUGAAGCUCGAGGGUUGGGAAAAGGGAGUUGUGUUCGUCAACGGACAGAACCUCGGUCGCUACUGGAAAAUCGGCCCUCAAGAAACACUCUACCUCCCAAAGACAUGGCUACACCAAGGAGACAAUGAGAUUGUGAUUUUCGAAGAACGUGUUGCAGGCCGGAUAGUCCAGUCCGUGGACUUGCCUUUCUUAGGAAGGACCCACUACGUGGACUGAGCAGAGAGCCUCCGCGACUGCUCUGCCCCCCUCCCCGGCCCUCGAUCGGUUCCUGUUCUGUGUUGUUUGUGGAUAUGCUUCGGAAACGAGUUUGAGUUUGGGGUCACCGGAUCUGGAUGCUGGCAGGGUCUGGUCUUCCUAAGCCAGAUGGACAUGCGGAACAUGCCUCUUGCCAGUGAACCUGAGCAGCCGUCUCUGAAUACUUGGAAGUGGUGAUGAAGUCCAAAGCCUUUCUAGCAGAGCUCGCCGCUUCUGCGAGUCCUCUUCCCUCGGCUGUCGCAACGGUGCUGUGGAUCUGAUGAGCGAGGGGCGAUCAGAGAUCCGUCAGGUUUAAGAAGCUCAUCUCAAGCCAACUGGGCGUGAAUCGGACACCGAGUUUUUUGCAGCCGGAAGAGAGGGGGGGAAAAAGAACAUUUGGUGCAAUAGACCAACUGGGGUGUCCUGUGCUUUUCGAACAACGGCACCCACCUUUACUGUGAAGGAAAGGAAAUCUCUUCUUCCAUUCUUAGGUGCCUCGUUUGUUUAAUCGAUCCGGUUGGGUAGAAAUGUAACUUCCACAUUUUUGCAUUAAUCCUAACAAGUCGAGCAGCGGGAUUUUUUACUGGUCAGAAAGCCCUCAAGGAGCCAUUUUAAUGUUGUGUUAUACAAAUGCUGGGGGGGGGGGAGGAAGGUGGGGGAGCAUUUCCCUCGUUUUGAACGCUUUUCCCACGUGGGGGGAAAGAAAAUCUUCCUUGCAUGUCCUUAGCCUAGCAGGGAGAGCAUGUUCCUAGCCUAUCAGAGAGAACCAUUCUCUCUUAAAUACAUGUCAAACAGGCUUUUUUCCUUUUUAAUGUAGGCGACCAUUCAAAAUCUGACACAUCCCUAGGGCAUUUCAUGAUCCUGUCCGGGAUCCUGUAUGGGAGUACAUCCCGUAGGGGGCAAGCAUUUUCACUUAUUCUGGAAUGCCUGAUAGGGAUCCUGUUUCGGGGACCAGCUCAGCUGGGUCAGCCCUGAAGCUGCUGUAAGUCACCCUGACGGAGAGGGGAUGCUUCUUGAGGGCACGUCCCACCCCCCUUCCUCCCUCCCUCCCUCCAAAUUCCUAGCCUGAAAUGACGCUUGCGGUGAAAGUAGGGCACAAUCCUGUGUAAUUUUUGACAUUAGGUUGCUAAUUCUUUUUUUUAAAUGCUUUUUAUUGGGGUUUUAAAAGGGGAAAGGAAUGGAAAAGGAAUCAGGGACGGUGUGUCCUCUCUCGCACACACAUACACACAGAGGCUUCUGUUUCUGCUCCUUCAAAACCCUCCCGACAGCGAGCGAGCAUCCCUCCCCGCCGCCGGGUUUCUUCUCAAUGCAAACAGUGCCGAUUCCCAGAGGCUCAAGAUCUUCAAAAGCACAACUCAAUGCCUCUUUGGAGAAUAUCGUGUUCCCCUCUUGCUAGAACAAGAUUUUCUUCUCUCUCCUCCCCCCUCCCGCCCCCAGUCUUCCCACAGGGAGCUUUUAACUGGCUGUAUUUCGUGGGUUCCCCUCUUCCCCCAGUACCCCGCCCUGCCCGCCUCCCACCCCUUCUGUAAAAUUUUACUCCUGACCUUCCCGCAGCCGCUGGGGGUGACGCUGGCCAAACCUUCCGUGCCGAGAGUCCCUGGGCUAGCAGAUGCACACCGGUGGUUAAAAACCAUAUUUAAUUUUAUUUAACAAAUUAAAUACAGUUGAAUUAAAACUGGGAACACACCCCAUCCUCCCACCCCGGACCAGGCAUCUUCUGCCCACCGACCCCCCCCCCCUCAGAGGCUCGGAGCCCCAAUGUGUUCCAGAGCAAAGGGCGGGUGCCCGGGUGGGUGCCCGAGGCAGAACCAAAAAACAAAAAGGGGGCGGGGUGGAUCUCAGGAUGCAGCCGUUGGAUUGGAUCUUUACGAUUCGCUGCGAUCUGGCCGGGUUAUUGUUCUCGUCGAUAAAACAAGACAUGCAACUGGAAGAGGGCAGCCAUGGGGAAGAACCCCUUGUAUCGCAGGAACCCCGAGUCUUUCUGUUAACCAAAAUUAACGCCUCGCUGUUCCCUGCUAAGAACUAGGCGGGGGAGGGGGGGGCAUGUGUUCGAACGCUGCAGCCUCCUGCUCUGGAGCAAAAUGCCCGCGUGCCUAAAGAGGUUCCCGAUGUCCAAUAUCCACAUUUUGUUGUAGUUCAUGCUUCGGUUUGAAUGCAGUUGCUUCCCCCAAAUUGGUGAUAUGCUUUUUUCAGAGUUUGGAAGAAAAAGAGCCUUAUCACAACAGGGAGGGGGUUGUGUUUUUUUGGGGGGGAGGGGGAAGUCUCCCCAAGUUUGAUGAAUGUGUCAUAAUUAAAAAAAAAUCCAG